AUGUGGGUGCUGAGGUUUGAAUGUAAAGGCCAGGAUGGAACUCAAUUCAAAUGCUCAUGCUGUCUGAAACAAGCGAUUCGUUACGACAUCGGAAGGUCGACAAAAAGCCCUUUACACAUUAAAAACGAUAAAAGCAUAUCUCGAAGCCACCUCCAACUUGAAACGGACGACAAAAACUUUCUAAACGUUAUCAACACCGGGAAGUUGACAAAAAUAAAUGGGAAACAUGUCAAAGUCGGUCACACAGCAAAGUUCUCGCCAACGUCGAAAACAACGUUUGAGCUAGGUGCUGAACCCAUCGUAGCUAUUUUAACUUAUGAGAAUGCAUUGUGGAAAAUUCCGCACGACAUAUCGAUGGCUGAGUCGGUGAAGCAGCAAUUGAGUCUUUAUGGGAUCGAUGCCGCCGUUACACUUUCUCCAAAUACAACAAUGCAAAUCGUCAAGCAGCGAGAGGGCAACUACGGUAAUUGCUUGUUUGCUCUGGUUUCUGGAAUUCCAGUCCUUCGAGAAACAAUCAUAUCUGAUUUUUUGCAGCAGUUAGACAAUAUUCAUACCAACUUUGAUGAGCGAUGGAGGGAGCUUGUGGAAAACAAUUCUCUGUUUCCAAAAUAUGUGCCAUUUCCUUCCAUUUUCCAAACACUCAACUUUGUGGUCACCAGCAGGAAAGUUUUUGCCAUUUUUAAACACAUCGUAGACGCUGGGAAGGGUACACUUUGGAUGUGUGACGGCGUUGCAAAUCUCGAGUCUUUCGUCAAAUAUCAGGUGCGCUCUGAUAACGUCGUCAUACUGGUGCACCUUAACAACGUCAGCUCGUCGGUACUAAGUCGAGAUGAGUCCAAUGGUUUAGACGAGAUUCAAGAGGCGAAAUCGUUGAAGGCCGGUGCAAAGAAGAUUGGUCUAGGGGUAUUUGACGUCAAUGAUCUUGUCAAUGCUGUGUUGAACCGUGACGUUACGCCACUGCUGCGGCGUAUUUCUGUGCAAGAAAAUACUCCAGAUGCUGCAAGUCCAGAACGGGUCGACUCAGGUUCGGAACAGCGAGGCAUAAGUGUUUCCCAAGAUACAAUGAAUAGUACACUGAAAAAGAGGAAAUUCAAUCGGCAACGAGUUCAGCCACUUAAUAGUUUGACUUUUUUUGGCGGUGGCAGCUCUAUCGCAUCUCAGGAGACUAAAGCGACAGGUGAACAACCUCAACUUGGAAAGACGGCUGUUUCUGAGGAGCAGCUCAUGGUUGAAGACGCAGCAGUGCAACCGACACCCAAGAAGCCACGUCUUGAUCAUGAUGUCAAGGCCAGAGAAUUAAGCGUCAUGCCAUCCGAAAGUGAAAAUGCAAUUCCGUCAAAACGAGCUCACAACAGCACUGAAGAUGAAGACGGGCAAUCAUCUGCAGUCUCAAAGCGGCACACAAUAGAAAGCCCCACAAUUCCCUCGAGCCCUUCUGUUACUGACGUCGCUGAACUCGAAAAUAGAAAUGACAACAUCGAUGACAGCAUCAAUAAAGAAUCAAGAAUGGAAAAACUUGCCGCUCCCAAUUAUUCGUUUGGAAGCUCGAGAGGGGAUAGCGCACAUGCAGUGGACGGUAUUACUUUAAGGAAUAGCACUCGUCCUGGCUCCUUUGUUCGUGCUAUCCAAGAAGCAAAAUCGCACGAGGUGGAUAGAAUCAAGGAGAAGAUGGCAGAUGUUCAAGGAGGGGAACUCACCGAGGAGGCCCUCAUGCAGCUAGACAAUCUUGCUAUUGUGGAAUCAACAGACUUGCUAAGAAGCAGAAACGACGUUAGUCGUGUAACUACAACGGAUGCCAAUGCGCCAUGGAGUGGAAGGAAGAAUUUUAAAAAGUUUGUCAAGAUAUGGCCCCAGCGCUCUUCGAGAUCAAGUUCCGGCUCUGUAAAUGAUGCUAUUCGAAACAAAGCCUACAUGAUCACCAGGGAUUAUGUUCCAAUGCAGCAAUUCGAUCCGCGAAGGGUUUCUCCACCAGUGGAAGACAUGGUUCUAGAUCCCAGACAAAGCAACACUGAGGAGCCAAUCGCAUCUGAAAAUGGCAUAGACUUUGGAGUACAGGUCGAAGAUGACGAGCAAGUGUUUGAAUUUACGAGUCAGCGGCCAAGCACACAUGCAGCGCAUACCACUCCUGAAAAAUUCCAGUCGGAAAACCAACAAGAACUUUUCAUUAUCGAUGAGGAUGAUUCACAGCAGCAAGCUACCGAAAACCUGUUUUCUGAUAAAGACGCGGUAGGGCCAGGUUUUGCAAGCGUUCCGAACACUCAUAGUAAACCUAUUUCAUAUCCUGAGAACAGUCGACGUCAGCGUAGUGGUGGUGUUGACAGCGAGGGCGAUAGUGACGAUAGUGACGAUGAGCCAAAAUUUAGAUUUCGCUCACGAAAAAGGUGA